AUGAUGUAUCGACAAUUAAUCAUUUUGUCUGUUUUAAUUAAUUUUUUACAUGCUGGUGAACAGAACUUAUCAAAACAUGCAAAUGAAAACGCGCUGACAGCUGAAGAUGAUAAAUACGUAAACACGUCAACCCAUAACAUGACAUACAUUGACAAAGCAGAAAACAUGAUCCGCCUACCAGCCCUGAACAAAUACUACGAAGACAGAAAGUUGAGAAGAAAAACUUUGAAGAAAUCACCAAGAAGGACAAUACAGAAGAUUAUAAAGAAGAACAAGAACAAGCUAAAGAAGUUGUACAUUAUAAAGAUGACAAGCUUUCCUACUGUGAUGCCGAAGGUGGAAUAUGACAAUCUGCCACAAGAAGACUUAUCAAUGCGCAAAGAUGAGACAACUACUCCACCACAAAAGAAGAGAUUGAGAAAAUACAACCCGAAACUUCCUCGGAAUCCUAUGCCUUUCCACCAGAUGCAAGGACGGAAGGUGAAAAGAGAUAAAAGAGAAACAAGAGAUGUCUUCAUACUGAAGGACUUGGAUGAAAUGAAGUUUUUGCACCAAAAGAAAGAUUAUAACGUUGUGAGUGCUCACUUUAAAAAGUAUUGGUAG